AUGGUCCCGUCCCAUAAAGCUGGCAUGGUGCGGCUCAAGGAUGACUGGCGCAAUCCUGACCGGUCUGCUAGUUCUCUGUGGAACGCCCCUGUUGCCAAGAAACCCAGUGUGGUCAAGACUUUCUGUUCCCAGGGUGGAGCUCGAGCCCAUGCUGAAGAGAGGCUGCUCAAGAACCUUUUCGCCCACUACAAUAAGCUGUCUCGGCCGGUGCAAAACACCUCAGACGUGGUGCUCGUCCACUUCGGCUUGUCCAUCGCCCAACUUAUCGACGUGGAUGAGAAGAACCAGAUGAUGACUACAAACGUCUGGGUGAAACAAGAAUGGAAUGACUACAAACUGCGAUGGAACCCAGAGGAGUAUGAUAAUGUCACCUCCAUCCGCAUUCCCUCGGAGAUCAUCUGGAGACCUGACAUAGUCCUCUACAACAAUGCUGAUGGUGACUUUGCAGUAACUCACCUGACCAAGGCCCACCUGUUCCAUGAUGGUCGGAUCAAGUGGAUGCCUCCCGCCAUUUACAAGUCCUCCUGCAGCAUUGAUGUCACCUUCUUCCCUUUCGAUCAGCAAAACUGCAAGAUGAAGUUUGGCUCCUGGACCUACGACAGGGCCAAGAUUGAUUUGAUCAGUAUGGCCAGCCAUGUGGACCAGAUGGACUACUGGGAAAGUGGCGAGUGGGUUAUAAUCAAUGCAGUGGGCAAGUACAACACAAAGAAGUACGAGUGCUGCACUGAGAUCUAUCCGGACAUCACAUACUACUUCAUCAUCCGGAGGCUCCCUUUGUUCUACACCAUAAACCUCAUCAUCCCCUGUCUGUUAAUCUCCUGUCUGACUGUGCUGGUGUUCUAUUUGCCAUCACAAUGCGGGGAGAAGAUCACCCUCUGUAUCUCUGUAUUACUCUCCCUGACAGUGUUCCUGCUUCUGAUCACAGAGAUCAUACCAUCUACAUCGCUGGUGAUACCGCUCAUUGGUGAAUACCUCCUCUUUACUAUGAUCUUCGUCACACUCUCCAUUAUAAUCACCGUCUUUGUGCUGAAUGUACAUCACCGAUCGCCACAAACCCAUGGGAUGCCACAUUGGGUGCGGAGGGUAUUCCUGGACUGGGUGCCUCGGGUCCUCUUUAUGAAGCGCCCUCCAGGUACGGCGAAGCAAAACUGUAAAAAGCUUAUUGAGAUGAUGCACUGCCCAACAGCCAUAUCUGCAACGGACAGUUCAAAGGUGUUUUGGGCAGGGUUAGAGACAGGGUUGGGACAGGCAGGCCAGCGAGGGGAUGAACCCCCGACCAACCAAUCUGACAGCCCUAGCAUGCUUGUCUUCUCCCCUUCUCCAUCCUCCUCACUCCUGAGCCUUAACCGGAAGGAGCAUCUGCUAAAAGGGAAGCUCUGCUACCGUUCCUCCUCCAGUCAAAAUUCAUUUCUUCCAGUCCCAGAGCAGGUGUUACACUUUGGACACAACAUCUCAGCCUCAUCUUCUUCCCCGUCAUCCACCUCACCCCCUGCCCUACCACUGGGCCCCCUUCGCAUCCUUCCCAGGAAAGAACCUCAAAUACUGACCCUUAAUGGUCGCUCAGUCAGUGUAGAGCUGAUGAACAACCACCGAGAGGAGAUCCCUGAGAGAACUGGACAUCGCUGUCGGUCCAACAGCUUCCAGUAUUGUUGCCUCCAUGAUGAAGCUACUGAGGCCAAAGCGGUGGCAGGGAAGCUAAAGAAACCUGCAGACGACCUUUCAGAGACUUCCGCUAAAGAUCUGGACAAAGAACCAAGUAGCCAGCUGGACACCACAGGGCCAGCUAUUUCCCCGGCUAUACGACGGGCCAUAGAAGGAGUCCAGUACAUUGCCGAUCAUCUCAGGGCAGAGGAUGCCGACUUUUCAGUGAAGGAGGACUGGAAGUACGUGGCCAUGGUCAUCGACAGGAUAUUCCUCUGGAUGUUUAUACUCGUGUGUAUACUGGGGUCAGUGGGGCUUUUCCUCCCGCCCUGGCUGGCUGGAAUGAUAUAA